GCUAUCCGACAAGUGUUUCGCAUAUGCUCACAGCACUGAACGACAGCGCGUUAAUAGAUAGGGAUCCAGAAGCCGUUCUCACCCGCCCAACCUCGGUCGCCAAUUACGUCUCUGUUUGGUUGCUUAGUAGGCCUCAUUCAUCAUGGGCCCGAGACCGGCACUGGUUCAAUCUCGCCAGGAAAAGAACAGUGAAACGGCCGCUCGACUGAGAGACAAUAAGCGCCGACAUCGUGCUCGGCAGAAAGAGUACGUCCUAGACCUCGAGCGGAGGGUGACAGAGGCACGCGAGCAGGGGGUUCAGGCAACAAAAGAAGUGCAACUGGCGGCUCAGCGGGUUGUGCGUGAGAAUGCCGGGCUGAGAGACUUGCUUAGGCGAUCAGGGUACACCGACAACGCCAUCGAUGUUUGGCUGCGGGAGCAUGGCUACUUACAUGGUGGGGAGCGCCCUCAGGUCACGUUGGAAUCGAUGCCGGGAAUGAAUUCAAAUAAGAUGCCAUCAACAUGUGAGGCACGGACAGGACAGACGCUUGAAGCUCAGAAUGCGUGCGUCAAGGAAAGGGAGCCGGGCCAGAAGGAGACGCCUGACAGAGGAGCGCAUUUGACUACAACCCCUCCUCGUAGUACGGAGUCACAUAGUGAGAAGCCGGAUGCGGUUCCCACCAAAGCAUGCACGGGUACCUGCACCAAGGCUUCCUCGCUACCCGGAAAUCCGGACAGUACCACGGCUCCCUGCAAACUCCUCACCCUGCUUGAGAAAGACCCAACGGCAGAUAUCACGCAAGUGCCGCUUCCGACACAAACGGACAAGCAACCUUGCAAAACCAGCAACCCCGAAGACUGCAGCUCUGAUGGCGUGGAGUGCGCUACGGCUUACAAAAUGCUCAUGCAGUAUGCCACUUCUGACGAGAAGAUGGGCAGAAUUGCUGCGGCGUUAGAAAGCGGAUGCACGCCAUCUGCGGCAGGUGGAUGCAAGGUGAAGAAGAGCGUGGUGUGGUCGGUUUUGGAUGAAGAAUGCACUUGAGCUUUAUUUCACCGUUUAUGAUUAGCGGCGUUCCUAUGAGAUUCCAGUUAGUACCGUGUUAUACGAAUAUCGUUGCCACCUUAUGGGGAAAGAUGAAGAAGUGGAAAGCAGUUUUCGUCGUAUGAUCUUAAUUAACCCUUCGAAAAGGGUAUAGGGAAUGAAGCAAACGGGUUUCGGUUAGAGCUGAGGGAUUAGGGAAGGAUAAUUUUUGGACACUAGCAGCCGUAUAUGUGGCUUUCACUCCGCGGGUUGGAUGUCCCUAUCAUUAGUUUCGAUAUAAGAGAUUGACCAAUCAGACGAUAU